AUGUCCGCCCCCACCCCCCCAAAACAACCAAACAUCUCCGUCCGCGAAUACAUCUACUUCCUCCCGCACCCGCUGCCCCCGGGCACCCCCGUGCCCUACACGCCCGGGCUGCCCGCCGCGAAUGUCCUCAACCUGCCGCCGCACGGCUUCGAGCCGACGCAGACGCUCGUUUUGACGAGUCCGCGCGGCGUGUUCGUCGACGCGCGGUACUGGCGGGAUUUUGGGCCGGGGGGCCCCGCGAGGGGCGGGCUGGAGUGGGCGUUUGCGGGACGGGCGUCUGCGGUGGAAGUAGAUGAGGGGCAUGAGAUCUACGGGGCGUACACGCAUGCGACCUGGCGGCAUUGGGUGGACUCGCGGUUCAAGUUGCCUGUGGGCGCGCGGGCUGGUUCUGGUGCGGGUUCUUCUGCGACGGCGUCGAUGGUGGAUACGGAUGAGGGUGCGAGUACUAAUGCGUCUUCUGAGACAGACUCGACGGCGCCGUCAGACAUGGUUUCGCCGGCUACUUCCCCCGGUAUCGAGUUCGCAGCGCCUGCCGUGCCGCCGCCAGCAGACACCGACUCGCUCGCAGACGGCGCUUCAGAUGCGGAUCCCGAUGUCGACGCCGGCCCCCGGUUCCCCGUCGACGAGGGCCUGAUGUUCACGCUCGGCGACGGCCUGUUCCUCGAGCACGGCCACGCGUUCCAUCCCAGUCUGGGCCGGGUCGCGGGGCACGAGGAGCUGUGGCGGAGCGUCGAGGUGCUGAGUACUGAGGUGCUUGCACCUGGUGAAGAAGCUACGAGCGCGGAUGAGGCUGCAGAGAGUAAGAAAGAACAGGCCAAGAAAGAAGAGACGAAGAAAGACAAACGCGAGCGCGCAAAAGCAGACAAGAAAGCGCUGAAGAAGCAGUCCAAGGCUGCAAAACACAGCACCACUUCUUCUUCUUCCCCGACCAGCACCUCCAACGACACCGACCCCAGCGACACCUCCCCCAGCCAGCCCUCCCCAGACCGAGAAGUCCGCACUGGACCCCCCAAAGGCCGCAAAGUCUCCGUCGUCCUGCGCACCAGCGACCCCGCGAACGGGAUCCGCGGCGUCAUUGUGCGCGUCGGGCAGUAUGUCCAGGGCAUUGUGGUUGUGGGGGGGAAGGUGGCGACGGAGCGGUGGGAGUACAUGCCCCCGAGUGCGUCUACAUCUGCUACAUCUACAACUACAUCCACCUCUACAUCUACAGCUACAUCCACCUCUACUUCGGCAUUUGCGUCUACAUCCACCGCCACCGCCUCACACCCCACGAAGGGCAAGGCCAAGCAGUCUGCCACCAAAGCCACAAAAGCCGGCUGGACACGCACCCACCGCAGCGGCACGUGGUUCCUUCCCUGCGCGGCGGCGUGGCGCGAGGAAGCGUUGUUGCUGGGCGGGAGGGUGAGGUUUGAGGGGUUUGAGUGGGUGGUUGAGGAGGUGUGGGGGUGGGAGUAG